AUGGCCAUAGAGAUGGGCGCAUGGGACGGGCCGAGAGACGGGCCACAUGGGCCAUGGACGGGACCGAGAGACGGGCCACAUGGGCCAUGGGACGGACCGAGAGACGGGCCACAUGGGCCAUGGGACGGGCCGAGAGACGGACAUGGGCCACAUGUGGCCAUGGGAUCGGGCCGAGAACGGCACACAUGGGCCAUGGGGGUGAAAAAAACCGGGGGCCGGAGAAGUACGGGCCACAUGGGCCAUGGGACGGGCCGAGCGAGACGGACCACAUGGGCCAUGGGUACUCGGGGCGAGACGACGGACCACAUGGGCCAUGGGACGGGUCAGGGACGGGCCACAUGGGACCAUGGACCGGGCCGGAGACGGGCCACAUGGGCCAUGGGACGGGCCCACAUGGGGCAUGGGACAUGGUGGACGGGCCACAUGGGACAGACGUGCCACAUGGGCCAUGGGACGGGCCACGAACGGGGCGCCCGUGGCGGCCACAUGUGGACGGGCCUUGAGGCGACGGGCCACAUGGGCCAUGGACGGGCCGAGAAGACGGAACAUGGGCCAUGGGACGGCGUCAAGGGACGGCCACAGGGACCAUGGGACGGGCCGGAGAGACCUGGACCACAUGACCAUGGGACGGCCGAGAAACGGCCACUGGGCCCACUGGACGGCCGAGGAAACGGUGCCACAUGGGCCAUGGGAUGGCGCCGAGAGUACGGCCCACAUCGGGCCAUGGGACGGGCCACAUGGGACGGACCACAUGGGGCCCAUGGGGACGGACGAGAACGGCCUACAUGGGCCAUGGGACGGGCGAGGAGAGGAGGACCACAUGGGCCAUGGGACGGGACCGAAGGACGACGGGACGGGCCACAUGGGAGCAGAGACGGGCCCACAUGGCGCCCAUGGGGACGGGCCGAGAGACGGGGCCACGGGGCCAUGGGUAGGGGCGAGAGACGGGCCACAUGGGCCAUGGGACGGGCCACAUGGGCCAUGGGACGGGCGAACCGGACCACAUGCGUGCCAUGGACGGGCCACAUGGGCGGGCCAUGGGGCCGAAGAACGGACCACAUUUGGGCUCCAUGGGACGGUCCGAGAGACGGGCCACAUGGGACGGGCCGAGAGACGGGCCACAUGGGCCAUGGGACGGGCCGAGAGACGGGCCACAUGGGGCCAUGGACGGUGACGCGGCCCACAUGA